GAGCUCAAGUUAAAAUACUUAACUGUCUCCACACAAACCAAUCUUUUAAGUGAUUAUAUACAUCCUCUAUCUUCUCACAAAAAUCAAGAUCGCUCAAGCCAUCAAAAUCCCUCCAUCUACUCCAAGCCAGAUCUCAAUCUCCCGUACUAAUUUCCAAGCGCGCUUCGUUUAGAAAUGCUCUCAUAAACAAUAAUUCGCAUACGCCCACCCCGCACUAUUCAAUUCAGUCUCACGCCACUAUAAAUAUUCAAUAGAGACAUCCCAUCAAUCAAGACUACCUCUCCUCACCCGUCUUGUACUUUAGUUAUGGUAUUCCCCAUUUGACAAAAUUUACAUCGCCUUUUUCAGAUCAAGCGCGCACGAUUUCAGCAUCCGUCAUAUUUUCCGCAUACGAUUGACCUGCAACCUUUUAGUUUGAGUUACCCUACAUAAACUUCUCACUUGCACACCCACUCAAUCCCGACGGAUAAUUCCUACAAAAUCCAACAACCGCCAUCGCAUCGCCAUUGCCAUUGCCAUCAACUGCAACUACAAAAAUAAUUCAAAAUCUUCAUUCAAAAUCUUCACGCCCAUAACUAUACCCACCAUCAUCUCCCCCCCUAAAACAAUCAAAAAACACAAUGCGCCACAGACUCUCCCACCACAAUCAAGCCCCCUCAGAAAUCUUCAUCAACUUCCAAUCUCACAACCACGACCUCGACAACCUCGUCCUUCACUACCGCAAUGCCAUCGAUAGCGCUUCGUUCCUCAGUAUUCUCCACUCAACACUCGCAGAGGUAGCGCGGCGAAUGGAAGAAAUAUUGCGUUUGAAAACUCUGCUUAUGCGAUGUCAUUUUGAUGGGAGAUUGAGACUUCGUGGCAAGUACAAAAGAUUGAUUAACAAGAUGAGAGGUAUCCAGACGGAUUUGUUGGGGUGUUUGUACUGUUAUGAUGGGAAUUGAAGUUGAACACUGCAAAGGGGAAAUAGGGCAUGGACGGUUUAUAUCUUGGGGGUCUGGGAUUUUGGGAAAUGAAUUAUUGAAUACAGAGUGUGGAUGGAUGGAUGCCAUGUUAUGAAAGAUUGACCUAGAAUCCUUUUGUUAAUAGCAAGGAGACGAUGUGAAAAGGAUGCAGUAGAGAAAAUAUUGGCUGGACCA